CUUUCUUCCUCUGUUCUUUUCUUUAUUCGUAAGAUACAAGUUGGAGCUGGUGGGUCAUGGUAGAAAGCUAACAUGGGAAGCAAAGCCUCAAAGCAUCCACUGCAGUAUAUCAAGUGUCAUUUGCAGCAACGAUUGCCUAAUAUUCGAGAUUGCAAUGGCUUCUCAUUUCGGAGACAAUGGAAACCGUGCUAUCAAUGUCACAAUCUACAAGACACACCCCUGACACCUGUAGCCAUCACACCAUACUUUAUAUCUUCAUGUGUACAGUUGCACUAUGCAAUCAUACCUAAUUGUCUGCUCUCUGCGUUUCUGUGUGGUGUGUGUAUAUAGCUCUGUUGA